AUGGUCUUAGAGACUCUUGAGUUCAAAAAGAAUGUUGCAUACGGUGCAGCUGUUCAAGCUGCUAUUUUGAGUAAAGGCUUUCAAAAUGUCCCAAACUUGGUGCUGCGAGAUGUUACCCCGUUAUCACUUGGAACACUUCCAUACCUGUCAAGAAGACAAAAAUAUUUCACUCGGGACAACAGUUGUAAAGUCUCGAUUAAGGUUUAUGAGGGUGAGAGAGCAAGGGACACAGACAACAAUCUGCUUGGCUUCUUCACCCUUUCUUGCCCUCCGGGUACUCCUCGUGGUCAGCCUUUGGAGGUAUGCUUUGCCAUUGAUGAAAAUGGUAUCCUAACUGUUUCUGCAAAGGAAAUAUCCUCAGGCAAUAUGAACGAGAUCACUAUAACCAAUGACAAAGAAAGGUUAUCAGCAUUUGAAAUUAGAAAAAUGAUUGAAGAAGCUGAGAGGUAUCAUGUAGAAGAUCAGAAAUUCUUAAGGAAGGCCAGAGUAUUGAGUGAAUUGGAUUUAUGUGUUUACAAAAUGAAGAAUGCUAAAAUGAAGAAUGAUGUUAAUCUAAAGCUCUCCCCUCAAGAAAGUGAGAAGAUCAACAAUGCAAUUACUGUGGCCACGGAUUUGCUUGAUAAGAAUAACCAACAGAAAGAAGUAGAUGUUCUUGAGGUUCAUCUAAAAGAGCUGGAGAGCAUGUUGCAACGCCUUAUAUCCAUGACUGAGUAGUUUUAUUUUUCUUUAUUUAGAUUUAAAGUGAUGUUUUGCUUUUGUACGUGCUGAAUGCAAACCUUUAAGUUUUGUUAUCAUUAUCCAA